CAACCACGGCGCCAGGGCUCAGCGUGCCACCCUUUUCCAGCAGCCUUCAUCAGUGUCUCUGUGACACCAACCCGACCUCCCGCCCGCUGUGUACCGCCAGGCCUGCGCCUCCGCUCCCUGUCUAUCUGUCCUCUCGCCGCCAGAGCAUGCGCGCAUAGCCUGAUCACCGGCCACCCGUCGCUCGCCAGCACCACACAUCGCCGCCAUGGUAGAGAAGCGCCCCUCGACCGACGGCCUCGUCGACAAUGUCGACCCCCGCGAGAGCACCGAGUUCGAGAUGGAGGAGCUGCCGACAUACGAGAAGCCCGCCGAGCCCUCGCCCGUGUCCCUGAAGGACAAGAUCAUCACCUGCUUCUGGAUAUCCGUCAACACCUUCUCGACUCUGGGCCUGAUCUUCCUGAGCAAACGUGUAUUCAGCGACCCGCAGCUCAAGCAAUGCCAGUUGAUGGUCGUCAUGUGGCAUUUCACUGCCACUGCCCUCGUCCUGUUCCUCUCCACCCUCGGGCCCUUCCGCGCCUUCAAGCCUGUUAAGCUUAACAUCUGGCACAUGAUGCCCGUGUGCGCCUUCUUCGCCGGCUACGUCGUGCUCGGCAACCUGAGCUUGACGUUCAACUCGAUCGGCUUUUACCAGCUGUCCAAGGUCAUGACUACGCCGACCGUUGUUCUGAUCAACUUCAUCGUUUUCCGCAAGACCGUCACCCGGUGGAUGCUCGCAGCCAUCCUUACAACCUGCAUUGGCGUUUCGUUCACCAUGGGCGGAGAGGUCAAGACGGCCUUCUUCGGCGUCAUCAUUGCGACUCUCGCCUUCUGCUCGACUGCUCUGUACCAGAUCUGGAUCGGCAAGAAGAUUGAGGACUUCAAGGUUUCGCCGCCGCAGCUGCUGCUCAACCAGGCGCCCAUCUCCGUGUGCCUGCUGAUUCCCUUCGUGCCCUUCUUCGACACCAUCCCCGACCUCAGCGUCGUCCCGACGAACCUCUUGUGGUCCGUCUGCGCAUCCGGCAUCAUGGCCUCCAUGUACAACUUGUCGCAGUUCCUGAUCAUCGGCCGCACCUCCGCGCUCACAUUCAACAUUGUCAGCCAUCUCAAGACCAUUCUUAUUCUGUCCAUUGGUUGGUACAGCGAGGGCAAGAUCCUGAACCCGCGCGAAUGGCUCGGUGUACUUCUGGCACUGGGUGGCGGCUGGGUGUACUCGCACCUGGCGCUCAAGGCCAAGGCACAGGCCAAAUAGACGCCUGCUGCACAGCGACCUGCGGCACGCGGACGGUUCGCGAUACGCAAUAUGGCGUACAAGCACACAGCUUGCUGUACACUGAGAUGUGCAUUGGGCGGGGUUCGGUGUUUCUUACGUUUCCAACGCGCUCUUCUUUCGACCCUGACAUGGCUUGUUUGAAUAUGAAUGUACAGCGGCACAGCGGCAUCGGAGCUUAUUCUUUUCCUGUCUGAUCUCACGGCGACUUU